UCCCUUUAUGAAUUGAUGAGAGUAUUUCCUAUUUUAUUACGAUAUUUGCUCGUGCAUAAAGCUCUUUGUGAUGUUUUCGUAUUUCGGAAUACGAGAGUGUAAGAUUCUUUUGACAUUUUCGAUUAGUUCUUGAAUCGUGAUGUCACUGUUGGAGUUUAAACAACGAGUUUAAAUCGUAGAGUCUGCGAAUCAUUUCUCGAAGCAAACAUUUUUAUGACGUGCUGAUAAGACAACUAUUACGAACAUUCCAACGUAAUUAUCGAAGUACUGUGAGCUUUGUGAUGUAAUUGUUAAUCGAAGCGCUCAUUGAAGCCAAAUCAACAACUAGCUAAAUACAAGUGCAACGUGUCGUGUAUCCUCAGCCUGCUAGCUUUAUAUAAACUAUGGCUCAUCCAGCCUCCGGCAGAAAGAAAACAGAUCAUAUAAAUUUUGGCAAAGCUGUUGAAGGAAUCCCCAAUGGAAGCUAUGCUAGCAGAGUUGUUCAUGAAAUCACCAGAAGGCGGCAAGCAUUGGAAGAUGUCCUCAAAUAUCCUGAUACAUCCACUUCAACAGUCAUGAACGCACUUCAUGGAUAUCUAGUGUUGCCUAUGAGACAUGUCUUAAAUGAGGCUAGAAGACCCUAUAAACUAAAAUUUAAGUGGACAAGUUUUAUACAUCCUGAUGAGGAAAUGUUUGUCAGCAAAGAUUCAGAUGUCGAUCAUGUUGCAUUUCUUGUUGCUGUUUCUCUCUGGCUUAUGGAGCAUGCUCAGAUGGCUUUUCCAUUGUACCCAAAAGAAGACAGCUUAAACGAAGAGAAAAUGAAGGAUGCCCUGAAUUCCCUGAAAUUGGCUGCUGGUUUAUGUGAAUGUGUUGAACAAAGACCUAAGUCGGAUUACUUGGAUUUGACAGUUCCUGUUAACCAAGCAUUAAGACUUCAAUGUUUAGCCCAAGCGCAGAUGGUGACGAUAAAUCGAGCCGUAUGGAAAGGCAACAAGGCAUCGUUGAUCAGCCAACUUGCUCACGAUGUGGCCAAGCAAUGUCUCGCAGCUUCUUCUAUACUGAAGAAAUGUGGUAAACAGGUCGAGAAAUGGCGGCUUUUUCUCGUGUUUAAAGGCGAACUUUACUUUGCCAUUGCUAGAUGUUUUCAAGGUAUCGAUUUCCUGGAAGUGCAAGAGAAGUCCGGUAUGUCUGUAGCUGUGUUGACCACUGCUUCAAGACACAUCUCAGCAUGCUAUCAACUUUCUAAGGAGUAUACGAAGUUGAAACCGAAAGAAAGACAUCCGCUUCCGGCCUGUAGAGAUUUUAUUUGGGCGCAGAAUUUUAUAACGCUCAAACUGGAGAAAAGCAAACGGGAGAAUUCAAUGGUUUAUCAUCAAAGAAUUCCAGACGAGGCGCCUCCAUUGGACGACCCGAAGUGUUUAGUAUCGCCUACUUCUUUUCACUUCCCUGAUGAAGACUCGUUAUUUUUGAAAGAAGAUAAAACAGACGCGUCAAGCUGUGUGGACAAAAUAGAUGAAGAAGAGGGAAAGAGACCCGACAACCAAUCAAAAGUGGAGGAUGACGACGAAACGCGCUCGGGUUGUGCGUGUCAGCGGUGGCUGUUCAUCACAAUAUUCAUGCCAGUUAUUUUAUUGUUGUCCCUAAUUGGUUGCAUGGGAUGGUUGUUGUUGUGGCCAGUUAGUAAAUUGUGUCCUGCCGGAGAUGUUUGUUCUGUCCUUCUCAAUUCUACGGAAAAUGUUAUGAAGUUACCAGUCACAAGCUUAAACUGGGCCUUAGGUAAAAAGACGUCUUCUCAAACCUCGUCUUAUGAACGGACAUAUGAAGCCAAGGAUAGCAAAAAGUUAUGGUGCCACAGAGAGUUUAUGUAUGCAGGAUUUUGAUCAAACAAAAGAAUGAAUUUUUUCUACUUAUGUCUUUAAAUGAUGCAUUAUGUCUCUGCUAUUGUGACCAGAGGAAUUUGAUUGUAUUGUAGAGAAUGAUAUGGGACUGUGUAAUAUGUGAAUUGUUCAUAGUUUGCUAAAAUGAAGUAGAUAAAUUAACUUACCAUA